UUAAAAUCACUAGCAUGUCAAGAAUGCAAAGUCGAAUCCUUUUUCCUUCAAGCACGUAUCAGCUUUAAGUAGCAUUGAUGUUUUCAAAGAUGUGGGACCAUCUGUUGUGAUGGCAAGUCCUGGUGGACUUCAGAGUGGGUUGUCACGGCAACUGUUUGAAAUGUGGUGCUCUGAUAAGAAAAAUGCUUGUGUUUUACCUGGGUAUGUUGUUGAAGGGACAUUGGCAAAAACCAUCAUCAAUGAACCCAAGGAAGUUACUCUCAUGAAUGGACUCACUGCACCACUUAACAUGCAGGUGCACUACAUUUCCUUUUCUGCUCACGCUGACUCUGCUCAAACAAGUGCAUUCUUAGAAGAGCUCAAUCCUCCUAACAUAAUUCUUGUUCAUGGGGAAGCUAAUGAGAUGGGCAGGCUCAAACAGAAGCUUAUCACUCAAUUUGCUGAUCGCAACACUAAAAUUCUUACUCCCAAAAACUGUCAAUCUGUUGAAAUGUAUUUCAAUUCCCAGAAAAUGGCAAAAACCAUAGGGAAGCUAGCUGAGAAAACACCGGAAGUUGGUGAAACCGUCAGUGGUUUGCUGGUAAAAAAAGGCUUCACAUACCUAUGGUGCAUAUAGAUGAGAAGAA